AUGGCUGGUCUCCUAACCAUCAUCCGGAAAAACAAGGCCAAGGCGCGCGAAAUGCGCGUCCUCUUCCUCGGCCUAGACAAUGCUGGCAAGACUACGAUCCUGAAGCGCAUGUCCGGUGGCGACAUCAGCUCCAUCUCCCCAACCCUGGGCUUCAACAUCCAGACCCUCAUGCGCGGCGAGUACACGCUUAACAUCUGGGACGUAGGAGGCCAGCGUACGCUGCGACCAUACUGGCGCAACUACUUUGAGAGCACGGACGCGGUGGUGUGGGUGGUCGACAGCUCGGACGCACUCCGCAUGGGUGACGGCGCAGAGGAGCUGCGGGCCCUACUGUCUGAAGAGCGCCUCGCCGGAGCAACGCUUCUCGUCUUUGCCAACAAGCAGGACCUUGCGGGCUCCCUGAGCGUCGACCAGAUCCGUGAGGCGCUGGGACUGGAGCAGAUCGAUUCGCACAAGUGGCGCAUUGUGCCGUGCAGUGCGAUCUCGGGCGACGGCCUCGAUAAGGGUAUGGACUGGGUCGUCGGUGAGAUCGCGGGUCGAUUGUACUGGAGCGGACGGCAGGCAGCAACAGUCGCAACGGAAGAGGUCGUACGCUCACCCACCGUUUCCGCCUGA